AUGCAGGUCAAUAACAACGGAGACGUGACUUUUGACGCUUCAUUACAUCAGUGGGCCCCACAACAAUUUCCAAGUUUAUUCCACAGAAUAAUAGCACCAUUUUUGACAGACAUCGAUACCAGAUAUGGAGGAUAUGUGUGGUAUCGAGAAACAACAGAACAUACCGUUUUACAAAGAGGAACAAACAAAAUCCGUUCUUUUUUUCCUGGAUUGCCUAACUUCUCUGCCACGUGGAUGAUGAUUGUCACGUGGGAAGAUGUAGCUGCAUUUGGAUGUUCUUCCUAUUCAACUUUAUCGUGCUCUCAACGUAACACAUUUCAACUUGUCUUAAAAACUGAUGGGGUUCAUUCGUUUGUUGUAUUCAACUACAAUAAAAUCACCUGGACAAAGAGUACCCAGGUUGGAUUCAAUGCAGGGGAUGGAAUACAUUACUUUGCUGUCCCUGGUUCCAUGACAGACACCAUGUUAAGCCUACCACAAAUGUCAAAUAUUGCUGUUCCUGGUCAGUUUGUUUUCAGGGUUGAUGAAAGAAAGAUUGCUAAUGCUGAUAUCGUUGAUGAUUGUAUCAGUUCACCUUGUAUAUAUGGUAAUUGUUCCAACGAAUAUCGUCAUUAUGUUUGUGUAUGUGAACCAGGUUAUACGAGAGUUGACUGUGAAAUAGAUAUUGAUGAAUGUCCGAGUUCACCUUACAUCCAUAAAAGCUGUUUAGACCACCUUAAUCAGUACACACGUCAAUGUGAGCCGGACAUAUUUAAGUAAUAAAAAUAUGGAAAAACAUCACAUAUUAAGGAUCAUGGAUAUAAAAUUACAAUCUUGAAAUAUAUGCAUUAAGCUAUAUUUAGGUGGGGCAAGAAAACAUGACAGAAGGCUAGACUGGCUCAGCACUCUUCAUGUUUUCAGCCCGAGCCCAAAUACAGCUUAUACAAAACACAUUUAUUCUAUACAAUAUAGUGUCAAUUUUACGUCUUAACCCAUUUUUAACAAAUUUUGCUGAAAUAACUGCAGAUGAAACCAAAUCGUUAGGAUAGUAACCAAGCCAAAAGAUGACAUCACAAUGCAAAUUCAACGCUGAGCGAAAGCGUGCGUACUCAAACUGUUUUCGGCCUCGUUAAUAUUAGAAAGGAGAAACCUGAAAAAGUCGUAUGAUAGCAAUCAAUGAAUUAUCCCGUAUCAUUUUCUUUCACAAAACAAAUUUAUGUGAAAGUCCGCCAUGUAUGCACUGAGUAUGCUUAGAUGAAAUUGAAAAUUACCGAUGUGUUUGUGAUACGGGUUACUAUGGGAGACAGUGUUCAUAUCGACGUAAGUAUAGUGAAAACUCAGUCUAUUGAUUUGAAACGAGUUUUAUAGAAGGUUUGUGCUAUAACAUUAGUCUUUAUAAUUAGUUGAAUUUAUUUAUCUAAAAAAGGAGUAAUUCAAUUCAAAACUACACUAAACACGUAAGAUUUAAUUCUUUUCUCAUUUCUCUGUUUUGUUUUCAAUUGUAGCCGAUAACUGCUUUUUUGACCGUUGCUAGUAGGAUAACUACUACUGCUUUUUCCAUUUUAUUGUUGUUUUCUGUUUCAGAUAUGUAAGAGGUACAUGUACG